CUCCGGGUCAAGCUGAUGACGGGGUGAAAAUGGCGGAUCUUUCGAAAUCCUAUCCCAGCCCGAAAUAGAACCGCGGCUCAGCGGGGCUCUCUUCCCCCCCUCUCCGACGCUCCGAAUCGAUGCCUAGGUCUUUUUGUCCUCUCCCAACCACCCACCAACCCACUUCGUUGGCUUCACGCCGGGCGCGCGGAGCCGAAAGCCCGCGACCGGGGAGAUGCGAGCCGCUCCGCCGCAGGCAGCGGGAAGAUGAAAAGCGUGCUAGCCGGCUAGCUAGCGGCACCUUCUGCUCUUAUUUUUGGCGUUUAGGCAGGACAGAUAUCAUUUCUGGAAUUCGGAGGCCUGAGACACUUGGGCAGACGGUGCCAGUAUCUGGAGUUUUUAUUUAAACGAACUAGCUUAAGUGCUGUGGCGGCGUCCUUUGCGUCGGCCGACCGUCUUAUGUGUGCCAACGUCCCGCGGAAUCGCCCUCGCCGAGCGCCUGUCCGCGCAGCUCGGCUCCCCUUUGCCGGCUCUCUGUCGGCGGCCGUUGUUUCACUGCCGCCCCGGCGCCGGGCUGGGAGACCGAGGUACGCAGCUGGUUAAUUUAAAGCCGAAGACGGAGCCGUCUUUAACCCACACAGAUUGGGGAUGCUCUGGACUUCCGUGUUGCCCGUGGCUAAGCCAAAGGCUUCCGAAGAUGAACGUGGUGUCACCGGAGCUGAACAGCCUCCUUCCCGAUGAGAUCAUGGACACGGAGGCCAUUGUGAUGGAUGAGCUCCCGGCUGAGAGCACUGUGCUCACCGGCCAGGCGGAGGCGCCGGCGCCCAUGGAGACAGAGCUCUCGGAGAUGGUGGCCCUGAAUGUGGUUGCCAUGCCGACACAGAGGACACAGGCCCUGACCACGUCCACGACUGCGGACUCCACCCUGGGCAGCAUCAGCACUGGGACCCAGCUUCUGCUGACUUCCUCUGGUGCGGCAGUGCACAGGCCUGCCACACCCUCUGCUGGCAAGUCUGGCAGCCCUGGGGUCAGCAGCGGGCUGCAGAAACUCAGCACACCUUUCGCCAUCCCUGCCAACCAUCAGAUAAUUCUGAACAAGGUGUCCGCCGACACCAGGUCUCCUGCUCAGGCGCCCAAGCAGGAGGGACAGAAGCUGGUCGUCACCACCCUGCCCAAGGGGGGGCAGCCCAUCAUGCUGACACUGUCCCACACAGGGGCCAAGGCCGCUUCUGUGCAGGGCGCUGCCGAUGCCAAGGCGCCGCUGCAGCAGUUCCAGGUGGUGACCAUUGGUGGCCGUGCCGACCGGAAGCCUGUGAUGGGGGUCCAGGCAGUCAGCACGACCAGCCAGCUGCUGGCUCCUUCCCAGCAGUCCGCCCUGCAGGCCCAGCAGCUGAAGACGGUACAGAUUGCUAAAAAGACUCAAGCGUCGCCUUCAGGACAGAUGAUAACAAAGUUCAUAAUCACCAAACCACUCAACAGUAAAGGUCUAUCGGGUCAGACAUCCGUGUCGCCAGUAAUCCCAGGACGGGUGCUUCCCCAGAACCCCCCUGGAACCCCACCCCAGACCAUUGCCAGCUCCGAGACGGCCACCCUGCAGUCCAUGCCCAGCAGCAAGAUCGCCAUCUCUCCCCUCAAGUCCCCCAGUAAGCUGACUGUGGUCUCGGUGGCCUCCCAGGCCCCCAGCUCCCCCCAGAAGUCAGUGACCCUGCCCAUCAAUGUGGCCCUGGGCCAGCAGAUCCUGGCGGUCCAACAGCAGCCUGCAGCCUCCUCCCCAGCCAAGGUGGUCUCCAGCAGCUCCACACCACAGACUAUUAAGCCAGUGCAGACGGUGGCAGUCGGAGGGGUGGGCACGCCUCAGUACAAGACCAUCAUCCCGCUGGCCACACCCCCCAACGUGCAACCAAUCCAGGUGCCUGGCAGCCGUUUCCACUACGUCCGUCUGGUGACCGCGACAACCUCCAGUGGCACUGGGCAGACAGGAAGCCCCAACACAAACUCCCCCGCCAUCCAGACAGCCAAGCCGGUGGUGGUGAACACAGCGGCGGUGAGGAUGUCCGUGCCCCUCGUGCCGGCCCAGCCCAUGAAGCAGGUGGUCCCCAAGCCCCUGAGCAGCAGCUCCACCCCACAGGUGGUGACCAGCAGCCAGAGCCAGCAGCGUCUCAUCAUGCCCGCCACAGCCUUACCUCAGAUCCAGCCCAACCUCACCAACCUGCCCCCAGGCACAGUGCUGGCACCCGCCCCAGGCGGGGCCAAUGUGGGCUACACAGUGUUGCCCGCGCAGUAUGUCACACAGCUCCAGCAGUCCCCGUUCGUCACCUUGGCCAGCAGCACCAGCUUCUCCACGCCCACCAGCGUCCAGACUCAGGCCAGGCUGUCCCUUAAUGGUAGUUUAUCGACAUCUGAUUCUGCUUCAAGGCCACGAAAACCAUGCAACUGCACAAAGUCACAGUGUCUAAAACUUUACUGCGACUGCUUUGCCAAUGGAGAGUUCUGCAAUAACUGCAACUGCACUAACUGCUUCAACAACCUGGAGCAUGAGACGGAGCGCCUCAAAGCCAUCAAGGCCUGUCUGGACCGAAACCCAGAGGCCUUCAAGCCCAAGAUUGGCAAAGGAAAGGAGGGUGAAUCAGACCGGAGGCACAGCAAGGGCUGCAACUGCAAGCGGUCAGGAUGCCUGAAGAACUACUGCGAGUGUUACGAGGCAAAGAUCAUGUGUUCGUCGAUCUGCAAGUGUGUGGGCUGCAAGAACUUUGAGGAGAGCCUGGAGAGGAAGUCACUCAUGCAUCUGGCAGAUGCUGCGGAGGUCCGCGUCCAGCAGCAGACUGCCGCCAAGACCAAGCUCUCCUUCCAGAUCUCAGACUUGCUGACCAGGACUACGCCGGCUGUCACUAGCGGCGGGGGAAAGCUCCCCUACACGUUCGUCACCAAGGAGGUGGCAGAGGCGACCUGCGACUGCUUGAUCGAGCAGGCAGAACAGGCUGAGCUGACCAACCAGCCCCAGGCUGUGGCUGAGAGGAUGAUCCUGGAGGAGUUUGGCCGCUGCCUGAUGAGAAUCAUCAACUCCGCCGGCAAGGCCAAGGCAGACUGUUCCAUUAACUGCUAGGCCCCAAAGUCCAGCAUGUCCAGAGCAGGGGCCUGGGGCCUUCAGGACUGGGCUGAGUUCACCUCACUGAUCCUUAGGCUGGCAUUUAGCUGUCAGAAAUGUAGCAGAGAAGGCCUGUCUGGAGCCCCAACUUCACCAGCUGGCUCCAGUCACAAUGAUGUCAAUGUCUGAGACACAUGCUGGGGCAGCAGACUAGAUGGGGGGGGAAGGACAGAGACCCUGGCUAAGCUAACUACUAUGCCCAACUCAACUCCCUUUGGAGCAUAAGCCUGGAGGGACUCUCACCAAACUCCAAGGGAAUGUAAGACUGCAGAGGUCGCCGCAUAGUCACGUGACCUGGAUCUAUUUGCUUUUGGGGUGUUUUAGAGUGACCGUGUAAAUUUCCGAAGUAGGUAUUUUAAUGAAUUUUUUUUUUCUUUUUUCUUGCCCCCUCUGGUUCUCCAACCCCCCUGCCCCCCCCCCUCCAUCAUAGUGGACCUGUUUCUCCCAGUUCCUUCCUUCCUUGUUUUACAGGCGUUUCAUCCUUACUAAUGGAUGCCUGUGGGAACCGGUGGUAGACGUAUGGCUCAAAGCUCACUUCAUUUUAAUCAUGCUUUUUUUUUGUGCACAGUAGCCAUUGCUGUUGCUUUAAUUGGUGAGUGCGUUUUAAAGAUUUUCUGGGAGAGAGUUAAACGCAGGAAUCAUGAGUGCAUCAGAUGAACAGCUGCAGUUUAUUAGAGAAGCUAAGUUUCAAUUUUUUGACUUGAAAUCCAUGGUCUUUAUCAGCUUAAUACACAAGCUGUACUUCUGCAUUCAACCAAAUAGCUGAAACAGCAUAAUUGCAGUUAUAUCAAUGCAUUGCCAUAAGGCCACUGGCUCAUUUCUACAGCCAUUCUCAGCUUCUGUCCUUUGCAGCAGAGUUGCACCCGUACAGUUUAAACAUGGCACUGGUAUAUUCCCUUUCCCAUUUAUUUUAAGAUGCUUGAAUAUUACUAUUCAGUGUCAUCUGCUUGGAUGGUCAGUAAAAUCUGUACAUUAUUGAUGUACAGCCAGUCAAGCUGUCUGUAAAGGGAGAAAUUUUCCUACUUUAAUUGUGUUCUAAAAAGGCAGUUGAGUGGAUUAUCGUGACAGCGAUUGGAUUAUUAAAUGAAUGUGAUAUUCGAGAGCUUUUGCUGUUUCGCGUAAUUUGUGGGUUUCAUUUGUGGGAUCCCCCCCCCCUCUUUUUUAAUUUAUUUAUUUAACUUUUCCCCCACUAGAUUGACAAACUGCUUUAAUCUUUAACCCUUGAUUUGGAAAUAAAUUAAAAUUUUCAGGUGAGGUAUAACUUCGUAAUGAGGUCGGCGGAUCGUUCAUUUAGCAGGUGGUGUGGCGCUGAUGGAGUUUGAUACCUGUCCCUACUGAACCAUGUUCUCCUGCAUCCUGCUAAAAAAUGGAUUCUGUCCCUGAAGUGCCCCCCUUGGUUUACUUGACUUGAAAGCGCAGUUUUUUUCCUAUAAAGCGACACAUGAAAGGGCUUUAUCAAACUGAAACUGUGUUGUGAAGACUUUUCAGAGUCGAUAAUUGCAGAGUGCCUUCUCUAUGUGGAAUGGUGGGGAGUUUAUCGAUUUCAACUGAUUCAUGCGGAUGAUGAAGAUAUGCAGAUGGUUUUAAGAAAAUUUAAUGAAGUUGAGUCCCGAUAUAACUUUGCCUGGUAUUUUUAUUUAUUCUGUGCUUAAUUUGGAUGCAUUUAGGUGUUUUAAAGGCAUUGUAAACCCGGGUUACUGAAGGGAUUCAUUUUUAAUUUCUUUUUUUUUCUGUAUUGUUAAAAUAACUACAAGAAUGGGAUUAAUGAUGGUUUGUUCCCCAUGAUACACAUGCCUUAAGUUUCUCUUCUACUCAGGGCCUCUAGGAAUAUGGUCCCCACCCUAUUUAACAUGUCGCGUGUCUAAGGUACCUAAGGAGUUUGCUGUAAUGUUGAUAGAGCAGCUGGGGGUAGGCUUACUGUUUCAAAUUAACAAAAAAAAAACAGCUUUUUAGUUUUGACACCUUUUUUUCUUUUUAAAAAAAAAAUAUAUACUUCUGUUUUGAGUUGUAUGAAGAUAUGGCCACAAAGACCUUAUUCCAUAUACAUUAUAUUGCAUUUUAAUUUAAUUUUAGUGUGGGUAUUAUCACUUCUCUGUAGCUUUGAAAUGGUACAACCCCAUUGUGAAUUUAACAUACAGGUUUCCUAAUAUUCCUAACAUGGUAAACCAAUCAUAUCGCAUUUCAUCUUCAUUCAAAUGAAGAAAAAAGCCUGCUCGGAGGUGUUUACAUGUGUCGCCCUACCAAAACGGCCAGGUGUACAUCAUCUUGGGAGCAGCGCAGACAGAGACGGCAGUGUUGGGUCCGCCGCCUCCUCCCAUACUUCACCUGCAUGUCUUUGUGAUGAUGUACAAAAAUGGCCGUCGCUGAUGUGUUCAUGCCUACAAGCACUUCAAAGCAGCUAGCUUUUUCUGAGACCUCCUGAAGUACCCAAGCACAAACAACCCAAACUUGGCCCAUAUGAGUUGUUUUUGGGUCUUUUUUCCCCCUUAUUUCCCAGUUUGUCUACUUCACACUGCAGGAAUCCUUUUGCUAGGAAAAAAGGAACAAACCAGGUCUACAUCAUUCAUUGACUGACCAUUCACCACUAAUCGGUAUUCUGCUGGCCUUUUUAAAGACUCCCCAUAGUUAAUUUUUAUUGGGGGAGAAACCCUGCCUAACUUCAGGUGACUCAACCAUGUGAUCUGUAUAUAAAUGUAAUUUGGUAAAAGGAAAAGUCUCUUUGUACUUUAUCAGUUGCAAUACUUGCUUUUUUCACAACAUAAAUCUGUACUAAUAUGUAAAUGUUUUAUUCUUUCCUGCGCCUCUGCCAUGUGUAUUGAAAGUCUUGUAAGAAUUCUGUAGUAUUUGGAUUUGUGGAUUGUAUAUGUUGAUGUGACCAUUGCUUGUAUUGCGUUGAAAAUGAAACCAAUGUUCUAUUUACUUUUCCCAGUUUUUCCCCAGUGUACUUGUAAACUUUUGUUCUGUCUAGAGAAUUAUUUAAUUUAUCAACCUCAUGUUUAUCCCUAUGGCAAUAUAACACCUAGUAUCUGAGAAUUAAAUAAUUUUUAAUUAUUUGCAAACCUAAAGAUUUAUAUUCAGUAAAACGUGCAUAAAAUGUUCUGUGACCAUGUAUAGUACACAAACUGAAGCAAAUAAAUUUAUACAGUUCUGUAAA